CAGGAUGGCAGAGGCGGAAUUGCACAAGGAAAGGCUGCAAGCCAUAGCAGAAAAAAGAAAGAGGCAGACGGAGAUAGAAGGCAAGCGCCAAGAGCUGGACGAGCAGAUACUUCUGCUGCAGCAUUCCAAGUCUAAAGUACUUCGAGAAAAAUGGCUGCUGCAGGGCAUACCUGCUGGAACCGCGGAAGAAGAGGAAGCCAGGAGGCGGCAGUCUGAGGAGGAUGAGUUCAGAGUCAAACAGCUUGAAGAUAACAUUCAGAGGCUGGAGCAGGAAAUACAAGCCCUGGAAAGUGAAGAGUCCCAGAUAUCUGCCAAAGAGCAAAUCAUCCUAGAGAAGCUAAAGGAAACAGAAAAAUCCUUCAAGGACUUUCAGAAGAGCUUCUCCAGUGCAGAUGGAGAUGCAGUAAAUCACAUUUCCUCCCAGCUCCCUGACCUGGCAAUCCUCUGUUCACGAACAGCAGAACCAUCACCUGAGCAGGACAGAACCAGCAGAGCAGCUGGAGUUGGGUGGGAGAGCGUGCUGCUAACACGAGAUGAUAUAACCUCAGAGGCUAUAGCAUCAUCCAGCGCAGACAUGACUGUCAAGAAGCCUCCCGAGCUUUCUGAGGAUGAUACCCGGCUAAAACACGAGAGAGACAACUGUAGUGCCAAAGCCCUGGAGUCUAUCACCAGCUCUCUUCCCCCAGAUCACAAGAACAUGGAAAUUGAGGUCUCUGUGGCAGAAUGUAAGAGUGUUCCCGGAAUCACCUCGACUCCACAUUCCAUGGACCACCCCUCCCCUUUCUACUCCACCCCCCACAAUGGCCUCCUUGCUGAUCACCACGAAUCUCUGGAUAAUGACUUGGCCAGAGAGAUCCGAUAUCUAGACGAGGUGCUGGAGGCCAACUGCUGUGAUUCCACUGUGGACGGAACCUACAACGGCACAUCCUCCCCGGAGCCUGCAGCAGCCAUCUUGGCCGGAAGCCCAAACCCGCCCGCCCCCGCGGCUGUGCAGCCGGAAGCCACCGAGAGGGCCGCUGGCAGACAGGCUCCUCCGCACCUGGAGCUCCAUCAGAGCGACUCUGACACCAUGGCCGAGGGCAGAAGAGCCAACGGCCACCCCCUUGAGCAGCCCCGAGACGUACUAGGGGACAGCCUGCAGGUGCCCGUGAGCCCCAGCUCCUCCACCAGCUCGCGGUGCUCCUCCCGCGACGGGGAGGUGACGCUCACCACGCUCAAGAAGGAAGCCAAGUUCGAGCUGCGUGCCUUCCAUGAGGACAAGAAGCCCUCCAAGCUCUUCGAGGACGACGAGAGUGAGAAGGAACAGUACCGUGUCAGGAAAGUGAGGCCUUCGGAAGAGAUGCUGGAGCUGGAAAAGGAGAGGCGGGAACUCAUCCGGAGUCAGGCCGUGAAGAAGAACCCCGGCAUUGCCGCAAAAUGGUGGAACCCUCCGCAGGAGAAGACCAUCGAGGAGCAACUGGAUGAGGAACAUCUGGAGUCACACAAAAAGUACAAGGAGCGCAAGGAGAGGAGGGCACAGCAGGAGCAGCUGCUGAUGCAACAGCAGCAGCAGCAGCAGCAGCAGCAGCAGCCGCCCCCACCGCAGCUCUGCACGGCCCCCGCAUCCUCACGGGAGCGUCCCUCUGUGACCGACCACCCAAAGGAGGACAUCGUCACGGAGCAGAUAGACUUCUCCGCCGCGCGCAAACAGUUCCAGCAGAUGGAGAAUUCCAGGCAGACAGUGGCCAGGGGCCAGAGUACACCCAGGCUCUUCUCCAUCAAGCCCUUCUACAAACCUCUGGGGUCCAUCAACUCAGACAAGACACUGACCAUCUCCAGACCAGCUUCUAUCGGGGCACCUCCUGAAGAGUCCUCAGCAGCCAAGGGGCAGAAAGCCCACUGUGCCCCAGAGAGUCAGUCUUCUGGAGGAGGGGCCCAGGGCAGCACAGCUCCCCAGGGAAAGGAAGGGCCGUACAGUGAGCCCUCUAAACGCGGGCCCUUAUCCAAACUGUGGGCAGACGAUAGUGAGUUCACGAGUGUUCGGGCCGUCCUCACCGUGGUCAAGGAUGACGAUCCUGGGAUCUUGGAUCAGUUUUCAAGGUCAGUCAAUGUCUCUUUGACUCAAGAGGAGCUGGACUCUGGUUUGGAUGAGCUGUCGGUGAGAUCCCAGGACACCACAGUCCUGGAGACCCUGUCCAAUGACUUCAGCAUGGACAAUAUCAGUGACAGUGGGGCCUCCAAUGAGACAGCCAAUGCCCUGCAGGAGAAUUCACUGGCCGAUUUUUCUCUGCCCCAGACACCCCAGACUGACAACCCGUCAGAGGGCCGAGGAGAAGGGGUCUCGAAGUCAUUCAGUGAUCAUGGUUUCUAUUCCCCUUUGUCCACACUGGGAGACUCUGCGUCGGUUGAUGACCCCUUGGAAUAUCAGGCUGGUCUCCUGGUGCAGAACGCCAUUCAACAAGCCAUUGCCGAGCAAGUGGACAGAGCUGGGUCUGAAACCACCAAAGGCGGACCAGAACAACAGGGACCUCAAGCAAGUCAAGAGAAAGCUAGCCCCAGGGCUCCCAGCUCAGAGAAGCCUCAGAGCAUGUUUGAACCACCUCAGGUGUCCUCCCCUGUUCAAGAGAAAAGGGAUGUAUUGCCAAAGAUUCUGUCUACUGAAGACAGGGCGCUCAGGGAAAGGGGGCCCUCCCAGCCACUGCCGGUGGUACAGCCCAGUGGCCCAAUAAACAUGGAGGAGACCAGACCAGAAGGGAGCUACUUCAGCAAGUACUCGGAAGCAGCUGAGUUAAGAAGCACAGCCUCGCUCCUGGCCACUCAGGAGUCCGAUGUGAUGGUUGGGCCCUUCAAGCUGAGGUCCAGAAAGCAGCGGACUUUGUCCAUGAUUGAAGAAGAGAUCCGAGCAGCCCAGGAAAGGGAAGAGGAGCUGAAACGGCAGAGACAAGUCUUGCAGAGUACCCAGAGCCCCAAGGCAAAGAACGCCCCAUCACUGCCCUCCCGAACGUCGUGCUACAAAACUGCUCCAGGGAAAAUAGAGAAAGUCAAACCUCCUCCAUCCCCCACACCUGAAGGUCCCAGCUUGCAGCCUGACAUAGCCCCCGAAGAGGCUGCCGGAUCGCAGCGGCCCAAGAAUCUGAUGCAGACCCUCAUGGAAGACUAUGAGACACACAAAUCUAAAAGGCGCGAGAGAAUGGAUGAUAGUAGUUACACCUCUAAGUUACUGUCUUGCAAGGUGACUUCCGAGGUCCUUGAGGCCACACGGGUUAAUCGAAGAAAGAGCGCAUUGGCUUUGCGCUGGGAGGCGGGGAUCUAUGCCAACCAAGAGGAAGAAGACAAUGAAUAAUCAAUUUCCUUCCACCCAGGAAGCUUCUUUGGUGCUUGGGCUCCCAAGAAACCAAGAAAUCAACAUGUCAAAGCAUUUUAAUAGAAUAUUUAUUAAAGUGCAAACAAACUCAGCAAUCCUUAUGCAGGCCAGAAGUUAUAAUUUACAGUGAUGAAAAAAUAAAGUGAAAAAGCAGUCCACCCAUCAAACUCUAACUCCUGGGAGUCAAAAGAAAAAGGAUUUUGUGUGUGUGUGUGACUCAAAGGAUCGCCUGGGUUUGGACCACAGUUGAUCCAAAAGGACAAAGAAAUUAUGAGCAAACCAACAUGGUUGCUCCAGGCAGAAGAGACCGGGCUGCCUGGGUGAUGAGGAAAACAACGGAGAUGUGGCCAUUUGGAGAAUCUGAGAAGCUGGUGCCGUCCACCUGGCAAGAGGGUAUUUCCCUGCGCCUGCAGUGGUUUCCCACCCAUGACCGCAUCACAGGUGUCGGACCAACUCCAUUUACUCCAGCAGCCAUGAAAUAAGGUUUCUCUCCAUUUGCCCAGAAGAGGCAACUAUCGUCCCAUAUCUCUUUCAUUUAAUUGUUUUUAAUUAGGAGCCAUGAAUGAUCACAAUCCAUAUUUUGAAGACAAGAUUUCUUCCUGUUGCAAACACAAUCUGUUCUACAUUAGGGGGUUGAGAAAGUGGGGGCAGAAAGCCAAACCAAAUAGGUUAUUUUAGCUUUAGGAUCUUGUCUGCUUAUGAUACUGACUGAGCUACAGUGUUUAUGAGAACACAUUUUCACAAUUCUGUUUCUUUAUAUGAAGACUAUAUUUAGGGGGCAACAACUAUUUUUAUGAUGGGGUGGGGGAAUCUAUCCAUGUGUAAAACCUGUACACGUUGAACAUCAUGGUUCGAGAGGGGAGGGGUAUUUUUAGAAUGGCAAUAAUUGAAAAAAGGGCGAACUCUGCCUUGGAGAGGUAGAUGAGAAAUAAAGAGGUGUUUAUAACUAUAUUUUAUAUAUAAAGUGAACCUUCAAGGGAGUAGGAAGAUGAUAGAUUAUUUUGGAUCAGUCAGGAAGGAAAGGAAACAAAGCUCAUGAAAGGUAGAGAAUAAGAGAGGGAGAAAGAGUGGGAAAAUGAGGAAGUAAGAUUAUUUUUGCUGAGCAACCAGUAUUUUCAGGAUGAUAACAGAGAAAAAUAUAGAAUAGAACUUUAAGUGCAGGCUUAGGAUCAGCUAAAAAUCCUAAAGAUGGGUGUGUGUGUGCGUGCGCACGCACGCACGUGCCUGUGUGUCCACACAUGCCUUUGUGUAUUUUUGCAAAGCGCAUGAGUGCUCACGAGUAAGGGUGUAUGUGUGUGUGCGUGUGUGAGAAUUAAAAUUCCAGAAUGGUCAUAGGACAAAGGUGUUCACUUACUUCCUCCAAAGCUGUUUGCCAGCGUCAGGAGUGAGCGAGAAUUUCUUUUUUAUGAAAAGGAUAUAGAGGCUCCGAGCUGAUACAGUGUUUGUAAUAUUAAGUUGACCUAACAUGGUAUUUGCAUGAGUCACGAUGGCAAAGUUUUGAGCAGUUUUGUAAUCUGACAUUUAGGAAAGUUUCAUAUUUAUUCUCAUGCUUUGUAUUCAUGCUUAGUAUAGGCUAAAGGAUGCCAGCUUUACUCUUUCUGUCUUUUAAAGCAAUAUGAUAAGGGUAUUCAAUCAUGGAAUGCCCUCAAUUUCUGGAUGAGAAAUUUUUUAACUCUGGCCAUGAGAAAAAUACUGACCAGCAUUCUUUUUUUUUUUUUUUUUUUUGGUCCCUUUUGUGUUUUUUUU